UGUGUGUGUGUUUUUGCAGGUGUAUCAUGUGUUGUUCGCGGAAUGGUGAAUAUCGCAGUCGUUUGGCAAACGCGUCUUGUUGCUUGCUUGUUUGCUGCUGGACUGCGACUUGGUGUUGGUCACCUCUGGUCACCGGGUUCUCCAUCCAGGAACGCAGUGGGAACGAGUCACUGAAGGCAUCGACGAAUGCGUCUCCUGGAUGGCUUCUGGAUGACGGCAGUAGUGACAAUGAAGCAUCGGGGCCUUGUGGCCAGAAUUGCAUGCAGGCGUGGGAAUUGGGCAGACCCGUUUGCGGAACUGAUGGCAGAACUUAUCCCUCGAGUUGCGAUGUUUGGCAGGCCAAAUGCAAGGGACAUCACAUCAGGAUCAAGCACAAGGGGAAAUGUUCAGAAGGGAACAGAUGCUGGAUGGAACGAGCUCACGCUCUGGCGUCCAACAACAAUGCGCAACAGUAUCUGGAGGCGUACAUCCCAGAGUGUCUCCCUGACGGUGGCGGAUAUGCCCCGGUGCAAUGCCACAAACUCAUGGGCUACUGUUGGUGUGUGACGGAAAACGGUCAGCCGAUCCCUGGGACGUCCCUGGCCCACCGUCGCCCACAAUGCACCCCGCGAGAGAAAAAGGCGAAUACGAGUCGAAGAUCGUCUAGAGGAAAGAAGAAACGGCAAGGUUGUUCGCCGGCUGAUCGGUACGUGUUCAACAAGAAUCUCAUUGACAAAUUCACCACGGAACACAAUCGACUGGCGAGACGAAAACGACCACCAGCUGUUGAAAGACAAGACGCUUCCGAAGUGGACAAAGAAGUGAUUGUGUGGAAGUUCACGACUUUGGACUCGGACGGAGACGGAGUUCUCUCUAGGAUGGAGUUCAAAGCCCUGCGACAGCUCAUUAAAAAGGUUGUGAAGCCGAGAAGGUGUGCCAAGACGUUCACGAAAUUCUGCGACGUGAUUUAUGAUCGGAAGAUUUCGCGGGACGAGUGGAUUGGCUGCUUUGGCGUGGAUAGUUCUAAAUUCAUGUACUCUGGAUUUGGCAGUGGGAGGUCAUCUGGCUCUUUGCCUUUGCAAGAAGUCGACACGCACAAAUCGUCAGGAAAAGAAAAUGAGAAAGCUGAAAACAACGAGUACAUGGAUGAAGUCGCUGCUUCGAGUUCUGAACAAGCUUUGCCAGUGAAAGACGGACGGAAUUGCUUGGAGGAGAGGAAGAAUGUACUGGAAUCAAGUACUGGUGGUUCCUUGAAUCUCUACAUCCCUGAGUGCAACACUGAUGGUUCCUACAAACAGGUUCAAUGCUAUACUCAGGGCUCUAAAGAACGAUAUUGCUUUUGUGUCAAGUCCACCGACGGCAGCAUUAUAGAAGGAUCGUUCGCCAAAGGUGGAACCCCUGACUGCGAAAAGGUCAGAACGAGUCCAAAGGUGUCAACGACGACCCCGUCAGCGUCUGUCGACUUGAUCUCCAAUGCCCGGAUCGUCAUGAAAGGCUGCACAGGGAGGAAAAAGGCGAAUUUUUUGCAAGAAUUGAUGGACGAACUCUCGAAAGCCAUGUUCCAGGCUGCAGCGAAUGAUUCCCACGUGAUCAUCGGUGAUCAUCUGGGAAGUGGUCAGACGAUUGAUGAAAAGGCGGCGAGGUGGAAGUUCGCAAAGCUUGACGUCAAUCGAAAUCAUUUGUUGGAUAAGCAGGAAUGGAAAGCGUUCAAAGCUUGGGCACUAUUGCGGCCUUCCUUGAAGAGAAAAUGUGGGAAACGUUUGCCGCGUUUCUGCGAUGCCAACAGUGACAGGAAGAUUUCCAUGGACGAGUGGCUCGAGUGCCUUGAAGCGAAAGAAACAAAGGCAAAAAGAAGAGGCCCGAAUCCCUUCAAGACCAUCCUGAAGAGUGACUGAUAUUUGUGACAGCAGAGGGCGCUGCGAGUCGCACAAAGCAACCAUGUUUGUUUUUGUUUCUGAAGCCCAGAUUUGCUUUUGGAAUGUGAUAUUCUCAUUUGAUGUACCUAACCUGAUUGAUGGCCAAAAUUCCUCGUUUCCCCAAAUGGUUUCGAAAAAGAAUCUUCCAGCUUUUGAUUAAUGUGCCUUUUGCUUUUCUGUUUUCCAUCAAUUGUGCUCUGUGUUAUUUGACAAGAAAGAAAUUAUCGUAAUCUCGAUGCUUUUUGUAUUGCAACUCUUGUAAUGGCGAAGUCUUUGAUGGGAAGCAGAAAGGUUUUUUUUUUUUUGUAUUGUGUUCCUGGGCGCAGGUAUGAUGAUGCUGAUUUUUUUUUUGGCAUGCGAUGAAACUCUUCCAUGUGGUGUGAUGAUGCCAUAUAUUUGGCACCAUUUCUGUGAAUGUGCUGCGAAAUCAGAAUGCCAAAUUGGAUUGACUUUUGCACCAUGAUGGUGAAGAAAAUGAAAAGUUUUUUUGUGCAA